AUGGUUAAUACAAUACAACUAACUAUUGCUAAGCUGAUAAAUAAUAUAUUAAUCAAUACUUACAAACCCAGUGACAAUUACGAUACACAGACAAAAAACAACGGGUAUCAUGCUCCAGAUUCGUAUAUCCUUUGUGAUUCCUUUGAUCCAGAUAUCUUUUACGCAUUUCAAACACCAAAUCUUUUUCUCGUUGUCUGGAUAUUUAUGAACCAAGUGAGUCUCUGUUUUGCAAGCUGCCUUUCUGUGUUCUACUGUGUGAAGAUUGCCACUUUCAAUCUGUCUGUCUUCAACUGGUUAAAACCGAAACUCUCCAAACUGGUGCCAUGGCUGCUUUUGGGCUCUCUACUGCACUCCUUGAUUACUACAGUUGUUUUUACAUUUGUCAGCUAUUUCUUUGAGAUAACCUCUCGCAACUUUACAGACCAUCCAUCACGAAAUAUCACAAUAACAGACAAGAGAAAGAACCUCGCAAAGAUUGUUUUUCUUAUACAUAGCAUAGGAUCAGGUUUUCCCCUUAGCCUAUUUAUUGCUUCAUCUGGUUUGUUAAUCCUAUCCCUUUGGAAGCACAUCAGGAAAAUGAAUCUUAAUUCAGACUUUAAUCCAAGUUUCAGGAAUCCCAGUACGGAGGCCCAUUUGCGUGCAAUUAAAUCGGUGCUGUCUUUUUUGUUCCUAUACAUUAUGUAUUUUGCAGUUUCAACAGUAACAAUUGGAAUCUUAUCCCAUUUCACUGAUGAAUGGAAAAUUAUUAUGUUUUCGUUUGGGGUUGCUGCCUAUCCUUUUGUACACUCCACUAUCUUGAUUCUAGGCAACCCCAAAUUAAAACAGGCCUCAGCAAAGAUUUUGCAUUCUGCUAAUUGCUGUUUCAGAUAA